CUGCUUCUGUCUUGCAGUUAAACAGUAAAAACAUUGACACUUUGAUGCAGAAGUUAAGUGAAAAUGAAACCCGAAAUACUAAUCUCAGGAGAAAAAUACUUGAAAGGGAGGAACAUGUUAAAGAACUUUCAUCCAGGCUUCAGCUUGAAAAAGUCAAUGUGCGGAAAGAAGACCACCUGUCAAGAUCGGUAAAGGCUGUACAAGCUCACCUGCAUUGUCAGAUUCAAAGAAAAGAAGUGGAGAAUGAUCAAUUAAAAAUGAAAAUACAGACUCUGGAAAAGAAAAUAGCAGAGUGGAAACUUCAAGUUGGUGAAUACAAGCACCAGAUGUUAGCCUUAAGGGAGACAAGUGAGCAAAAGAAGACUGCUCUGAAAAAAGCAAUCAGGUCCCAGAAACAAAGAGCUGAACGCUUUGAAGCAGCUGUGGAAAAUUUAACCUCCAGAAUAAGAGAACGUGAAUUCAAACUGGCCGAGAUACUGUCAGCUUCCGAUGUCUGGAAAAACCAGCAUGAUAGAAUGGUUGAAGGAAAGGCAGCAUUAGAAAUUCAAACAGAAGAUCUUAAGAAGCAGAUAAUAAGCCUUUUGGAAGACCUGGAGAGAAAGGAGGAAUGGAGAAGAAACUCAGAUGAGGAGGUUCUUGGAAAGCUAAAUUCUGUUAACUCUGAAAAUGAAAAUAUUUAUGUUGAAAAUGAAAAAUUAAAGGCUUCCCUUGGUACAUUGGAAACCACUACUGUUUCUGUUGAAAAUGAACUGCUACAUCUGCAAGAAAAGGCAAAGGUGCAGGAAGACCUUGUUGAACAGUGUAAAAAUCAGGUACAGAAGUUACAAACAGCAGUAGAAGAACUGAAAUCCAGAUAUGAAACAGUCUUAAAUGAAAACAAAAGAAUAACAGAAAACAAAUGCUUAGAAGUAGAUAAGGAGGAAGACAGUGUAACUUCUGUGGGCAGUCAUCCCGUAGAAGAAGAAAACCGAAACAUUCAGAAGAAAUAUGAAGAUCUUAAAAGGCAAUUAGAAAAGAUGGAAUUUCAAAAUGAAGAACUUGCUUGUCAGCUCAGAAAAGAUGAUGAGAGUCUUCAGUGCAGUAAAUUGCAGCUUGAGGAGAAAAUUUCAGAAUAUAAUGGAUUAACCAGACAACUGGAAUCUGCCAUGGAAGAAGGGAGAAAAAUGGUGGCUGAAGAACUGGAAAGAAUGUCAAACAAAGAAAAAGCCCUUUGGGAAAAAAUGCUAAUUCUUGAAACUGAAGUGAGAGAGAGGCAAGAAGAGAAAAAACAACUCCUCUGCAUGUUUCACCAUAAUGAAAAGCACCGUGAAGUACGUUUGAAAGAGCUUGAGAACAGCCUACAGAAGUCAGAGAACAAGAACCAGAGCAUCCAGAAUUACGUGCAGUUUUUGAAAGCUUCAUACAUAACGAUGUUUGGCUGAAUUCUUUAAUUUAAUUUAAUAAUAAUGAAACUUUUCAAGAUUUGGCUACCUCUUGGUGGAGGCAAGGCUGUUGAGGCCUACAGGGCUGAGUACUAUAAUGUUAGUUGUUCCCUAGGAAAACUUCUGCUGUGGGCAGGGAAAGGCGGGUCAGUCAUUAAUGUAUAUUUACCUGGUAUUACUGAUAUAAAAAUUGUGUUGUUCAUGGAUCAGAAGCAAAAAGGCAGACUGCAUGACAGUAGUGACGGGUGUGUGAGUGUGGGGUAUGCAGACAAAGGUGUAAGUUGGUCUGUGAUUUUACUGUGUGUUAGGCCCUGGCUGUAAAAUCUUAUGUGCAUCCUUUUAGUCCAUGGCAAACAUGGAGGAUCACAGACUACCUUUCAGUUCCCAUGGGGGAAGAGAAUGCCCAAGGACUAUUUGCAGAGUAAUUUGUAUGAAUUAAAUAUUAAUAAAUAAGUGAUAUUUAUCAGUCAUUAUACUUCUGUUAUGGUAGGUAUCUAGUUCCCAAGGUAAUAAUAUCUAUCCUAUUAAGACAGGCAAAAAUGUAGAGAGCAUUAGGUUCCGCUCCUGUAGCUUAGCACCAGUACAGCACACACGGCUGCACUGCAUGAAAGGGUUGCUGCCACAAGGCUGUCCCAUCCAGCCUUUUUUCCCUACAUCCCAUUAUGAUCAGGAUAUUAUAAUAGUAUAGUAGAAUAGUAUAAUAGUACUAGAGUACUUUAUAGUGUAGCAUUUAGUAUAGUAUAAUAUAGAAUAAUAUUACUAAACUAUAGUAAUAUUUUACAAAUGUAAGUAGGAAAGUAUUUUAGAUAUAGAUAUAAUUUACGCUCUGAAUGUGUUGAUAUACCCUUUCACAGUGACACAGCUCCAGUUAAGGUAUUUAUCUGUGCUGGAGCACAAGAGCUGCUGUUCACUGAAGUAAGAUUGACAUACCUUGGGUUAAACACAUGUAAAUAUUCUGCUGUUACAGGGCUAAUAAAAAAAGCAAUUCUGACUGAGAGAGUAAUUGUUUUAUAGAAAUAUGCUUAUAGAACUGUGGUGGUUUUUUUAAUAGUACAUACAUGUAAAAUAUAUGUCACUUAGAACGUGUAUUUAAAUAAUACAUAUUUUUAAACUGAAAACAUAAGUUAUUUUGUACACAGACAAUAUCUGUUUGUUCAGUGUAGUAUUUCAUUGCUAUUUAUAAUGCGUAGAAUGUUGAUGGUUUUUUUUUCUUUUUUCCAAAUGCUUGUUCAUCCUAACAAAUACUGAUGCGUCAUAAUGAUCUGCUUGUGUGCACUUUUAAAAAUAAAACUAUCGUUUAUUAUGUAAGAUUUAUGCUAGCAGAAAAUAUUUCUGUUAUAUUUUGGGGUUUUUUGCAUUGCACACACACACAACCAUAUUUGUAUUAAUUUAGUUCCUCCUGUGCUACUUAUAAGAUAUCAAAACUUUUUGAAAGUCAUCAGCAGGCAAGAUUUCAGAAAUAAAGUGUUGAAUCCAGUCCAUGACUGGUUUUUAAAAGGUCAUCAUGGAAAAUUGUACACUUUUCAUUGAUAAAUGCU